ACCGUGUCGGGAUUGGAAGACGCGCCCGCCGUUCCCUCCCGGCCCCAGGCGGCGGGAGACUGCGCGUGCGCGCUGGGCGGACGGUUCCGGAGACGGCGUUCCCAGCCGCCUUCCGUCUCCGGCGACAGCAUGAAGACCGCCGAGGACGCCAGAGGGGCGCGCAGCGAGGGACCGCGGGAGAUAGGCCUCUGCCUUCUCUGCGGCCUCCCGGCAGCAGGAAAAUCGACCUUGGCGCGGGCCCUCAGCCACCGGCUACGGCAGGAGCGGGGCUGGGCCGUCGGCGUCGUCACCUAUGAUGACGUCAUGCCGGACGCGUUCCUGGAGGAGGCGAGCGCGCGGCCAUUGCCAUCCCAGUGGAAAUUGCUUCGACAGGAACUGUUGAAAUACCUAGAAUACUUCUUGAUGGCUGUCAUUAACGGGUGUCAGAUGUCUGUCCCACCCAACAGGACUGCAGCCCUGUGGGAGGAUUUUAUAAGCUGCUUAAAGGAUCAAGAUCUGAUAUCUUCUGCGGCGCUGGAGACCCAGUCUUGCUACCUCUUAACGAAGAUUGCUGUUUCUAGACCUUUGUUUUUGAUUUUAGAUGACAACUUUUAUUAUCAAAGUAUGAGAUACGAAGUCUACCAACUGGCUCGGAAAUAUUCAUUAGGCUUUUGCCAGCUCUUUUUAGAUUGUUCUCUCGAGACCUGUUUACAGAGGAAUGGCCAGAGAUGCCAGCCACUGCCUGCCGAGACCAUUCACCUGAUGGCAAGAAAGAUAGAGAAGCCCAACCCUGGGAAAAAUGCUUGGGAACACAACAGCCUCACAAUUCAGAGUACCCCGUGCUCUUCUGAGGCCAGCCUGAAGUUGACUGAUUUAUUGCUUACUGCUUUGGAAAAUCCAGUAAAAUAUAUUGAGGACAAUGUGGAACAAAAGGAAUCAGACAGAAUUAUUUGUUCAGCUAACGUUCUGCAUCAAGCUGACCAGACGCUCCGAAGGAUUGUCUCUCAGACGAUGAAGGAAGCAAAAGAUGAACAAGUGCUUCCUUUCAACUUGAAGCUUCUAGCAGAAGAACUCAACAAGCUCAAAGCCGAGUUUUUGGAGGACCUGAGACAUGGAAACAAAAAAUACCUGUGCUCUCAACAAACCAUCCACAUAUCAGAUGUUAUUUCUUUUUUUCAUUAUAAGAAAGACAACAUUGUCCAGAAAUAUUUUUCAAAGCCGCAUUAAAACUUCUGAACUUCCGA